GAAGGCCCAAACCGUGUCCUGAGAGAAUAAAAUGCUGCGUUAAGUUGAGGCAUCGACAUCAUCAUCAUCAUCGUGGAACGUGGAGCUCACAUACUAAACAAGAUCCGAUCUAACCCCCCGGUUCUCGUCGGAAUCUCUUCACGGUUAACCGGCGUUCCUCACCCACCUUUUCGUUCCAGUUAUGGAAGACGUGAAGGGAAAGGAGCUUGUUGAUGAUACUCCUCCUCCUGUUGAACAAAAUGAUGAAACUGAGACUCAUAAACAGCCAUCGUCUGAGUCCGAGGAAAAUGCGAUCAAGAAAAAGUAUGGAGGAUUGUUGCCAAAGAAGAUUCCUUUGAUAUCCAAGGAUCAUGAGCGCGCGUUUUUUGACUCAGCUGAUUGGGCAUUAGGCAAGCAAAAAGGACAAAAGCCAAAAGGGCCUUUGGAAGCUCUCCGACCAAAACUGCAGCCAACCCCGCACCAGCAACCAAGGGCAAGACGAAUGGCCUUAUCUUCAGGCGAUAACUCUGAAGACGCUGAGGCUGACACCAACGAACCUCUGGAUGACCAACAAGCUAGCGCAUCAGCUGCUGACAACGCCAAGGAUGAUGGAGGCAUCGUCGAUGCUGCUGACGCCAAAGACAACAUCAAGUCAUGAACAAACAUAUCACAAGUCAGUUUACAGAAGAAUAAGCGACCAGGCUUGCUUUGCAGUGGUUGUAGUAAUAUCGAGUCUCUCUCUUUACAUUAUAUUCCAUACUUGGGUACCAGCAAAUCUGUAUCACCAUACAAAACCUAGUAUCUGAAACGUCUAUUUGGACGAUUUGCAAAUGGUUUGCUUUUAUUGAUCCAUUAAAUACCCUCUUA